UACACUGUCACCUACACUAACAAUAAUUAAAACUCAAAAAAACAUCAAAAUAUAUCAAAAUAGGAAAAUAAUUAAAAAAAAAUACCAUGCUGAUGUGCGACAAAUCGCACCUCAACAAUUUACCAUAAUGCCAAAUUGCAAUAGAGUAAAAAGACCGUGCAAAAUCUGCCUAGGCACAGUGUCUGUGAAGAAUGGUAUACAAUGUCAUGGUGCUUGUCAGUCGUGGGUGCACUACGCCUGCUUAAAUUAUACACCGGGGAAGGUUAAAGAUAUAAAAGCCGGCAUAAUAAAAGUAACCUGCCCUUGUCCAGACUGCAAGACAACUCUACCAAAAGAAUAUCGGACAGACAAGCCCUUUAGUUGCAACAAUACAAAAUGCCCUGCCAAUCACCCACCAAAAUGUGGAAAUAUCGCAUGUCCUAUUAAUGAGGGUGUGAAGGGUGAUCAGCUUCAAGCCCCCUCCAGUUGUGCUUUGGAUAGAUGUGGAAAGAGUUGCAAGACAUAUAGCCAUCCACAAUUAGUCGACGCUUCACAGCCGCAGCCUAUACAACCGUGUGCACCUCCUAAAUAUUAUGAAUCACCCUCGACAUCAGAUUCUGUAGAUAAUUGUUUAAAUUUUAAAGCCUGCCCAUCUGGAUGCAGUUCAGCUCAAGAUGUUCCUGGUGAUUUUGGACGACAACACAAUCCGAUUGUUCCAUCUAUGCGUACACUCGAACAAAUGUGUACCACAGCUGCCCAGCUUACAAAUCAAAUCAACACUCUUAUGAUGAAAAUGCAUCGAACAGUCCAAGAGCAAGAUGGAGAAAAGCCUUGUCCUCAAAAGGGUAAUAAGCCCUGUUAUUGUCCUGGGAAUCCUGGGCGAAGAAAGCGAUAGUUUUCUAUGAACGAUAUUUGUAUCGUUCACAUCUCUACGCAAAAUAUCAUAUUUUAUCUUUACUAUUGAGUAUUUUUUGAAGAACCUUAACA